AUGGAUCCUCAAAAUUCCCAGGCUGCACAGCAGUCCCGCCAAAGACCUGUCUAUGAUCCCAGCCAAGGUGGACAUUACGGCGCUUCCGCUCAACUCGCGUCACAGGGUUUUGCGCCAAGUGAGCUGUAUACUGGACCAUGGGCCAAUGCUCAUCAAGGUCUAACCGGCCAGUACAAAGACAUCCUGACGACCUAUUGGCAACACACCAUCUCACACCUCGAAAAUGAUACUCAUGAUUACAAAAUCCAUCAGCUCCCGCUGGCCCGCAUCAAGAAGGUCAUGAAGGCCGAUCCCGAAGUCAAGAUGAUCUCUGCUGAAGCACCCAUUCUCUUCGCCAAAGGUUGCGAUAUCUUCAUUACAGAGUUGACAAUGCGGGCAUGGAUUCACGCGGAGGAGAACAAGCGCAGAACUCUCCAGCGCUCCGACAUUGCAUCCGCAUUGGCAAAGUCCGACAUGUUCGACUUCCUAAUCGACAUUGUUCCCCGCGAAGAGGCCUCCUCUCACGCCAAAAGGGCAACCCAGACUGCUGCUGCUCAACCAUUGCCAGCUGGUCAGGCUCAGAUGCCAGGACAGCAUCCCAUGGCACAAGCGCCUAACCCAGGCCAUCCAAUGGGCGCGGAGUACAUGCCUAGCCAUGGCAUCGCUCCUGAGCAAGACUAUCGCAACCCAGCCAAUAUGUACCCCGACCAAUCAGUGCCCAACCCUCAGGCCGCUUAUGGACAGGCCCAGCAGCCCAACAUGAACCCUUACGGAGCCAUGGGCGACAUGUAUCCGUAUCCCGGCAUGGCACCUCAGCAGACUACUAUGUCCAAUGAGGAAUUUGGGGAGCAGUAG